AUGGCUCCUCUCACUUCCCUGAGGGAUAUCUUGGUCCUGUUCCUGGUCCUUAUACCCCUGGGUGAAGUGUUCGCCAGCAUCCCUAGGAAGACCGUACAAUAUGACAAUGCUAAGAGUUUCAGAGAGAAUGGCAUUUCAAACUAUUCAACGAUGACAUUGAGAGAGGACCUGGGUGUCCUUUUCAUUGGUGCUAGAGAUGCCGUAUAUGCUCUGGACCUUGAGGACAUCUCCUCGAAAAAGGCUGGGGUCUACUGGCAGGUCUCAGAGGAGCAGAACAUGUCCUGCAAGAGCAAGGGAAAAGAUUCAAUGGAAUGUCAAAACUACAUCAAGACACUUCAGACUCUCCACGAUGGCAGGAUGUUGGUGUGUGGGACCAACGCAUACAACCCCACAUGUGACUAUAUGACCUACGCAAACGGAACGUUGACCCUGGAAGGGAAGAAGGAAGAGGGGCGAGGGAAAGUUCCCUUUGACCCCUUCCAGAGGUCAACCUCGGUCAUGGUUGGGACAGAACUGUAUUCAGCCACAGCGAUCAACUUCCUGGGUACUGAGCAGGUGUUGCAGCGUCAUUCUUUCCCGGCUAUCAGGACCGAACACAGACAGUCCUGGCUUAACAAGCCCUUCUUCGUACAGUUGGACGUCGUCCCAGAGAGCAUUAACAACCUCGAUGGGGACGACGAUAAAGUCUAUAUGUUCUUUAGUGAGGAGGCCAUGGAGUUUGACCUGCCAGCCCAGAUCAGGGUAUCUCGUGUGGCACGGGUCUGCAAGGGGGAUUUGGGUGGUCAGAGGACCUUACAGCAAAAGUGGACGUCCUACCUGAAGGUCCGUCUUGACUGCCCCGUGCCCCUGGAACCCAGCCUGCCAGCCAUCAUUCAGGAUAUCUUCCUCCUGAAAGACCAGGAUUGGAGGAAGAGCGUGUUUUACGCUGUUUUCAGCCCGCAGACAACCACAUCGGAUCUCUCCACUGUGUGUGCGUUCAGCGUGGUUGACAUUGGGAAAGUCUUCUCUGAGGGUAGGUAUAUGACUCCGGUGACAAUGGAGUCAGAAACAAGGUGGGUUACCCACACCGGAGAGGAGCCUGUCCCACGACCUGGAACGUGUAUGACCAAUGCUGUGCGGGACCUGGGCAUUGUGCACUCGCUGGACCUCCCUGACAAGACCCUGCAGUUCGUCCGUGACCAGCCACUCUUGGACGGAGCAGUGCCUCCGCUGACCGGGGGUCCACUGGUGCUGCAGAGGGGAGCCAAGUUGUCGGUGAUUGUUGUGGACAGAGUCAUGGCCGUGGAUGGAGAAAUCCACCACGUUAUGUUUAUUGGAACAGAGGAGGGCACGGUGCAGAAGGUUGUACAGUACGCUGCUGGUGACACCGUCAUUAUCCAAGAGACCAGGGUGUUCCAGACUCUGGAGCCAAUCAAAGUGCUGCGUCUCUCCUCUGGCACGCUCUAUGCAGGCUCAGGGUCUGGAGUGGUCCAGAUUCCAGUUAAGGACUGUGGUCGGUAUGGGUCCUGUCUGGACUGUAUCCUGGCCAGAGAUCCCUACUGUGCCUGGGACACCACCUUAGCAGCCUGCUCAUCUGUCCUCAACUUACCCACUGGCUCCAGGAACAUGUACCAAAGCCUUAAACAUGCGGAUGCCUCGAUGUGCCCCCGAUCAGUCCCCGUGAAGCCACUUACAUUACCAUUUAAUGUUGGGAGCCCCAUCCACCUGCCGUGCCAACCAGCAUCCAACCUGGCACAGGUGAGCUGGCACUUUGCUAAGCAGCCCCUCCAGCUGAGAGACAGGUACCAGAUGUUGAGCCAGGACUUGUUGAUAGUGAGUGCCCUAGCUUCAGACGCUGGUCGGUACACCUGCCAGAGUCUGGAGGAGGUCAAAGGUCAACUCUACACCAGGACAGAGGCUGCCUACAUCCUGCAGCCCACAAAGACUCUACUGGUCCUGCAGACAUCUGUGGCUCUGCUGUCUGUGCUGCUGGGGGUUGUGGUCCUCUGGAGUGUCAGGGGACACGUCAGACUCAGGGCCAGAAUUCACCCAGCAGAACCCGGCCAGAACAACAACAACAACUGGAGAACAGACCCUGGUUGUGUCCCUGGGUCUGAAGUGAACAACAAUCACACCAUCAUCACCAUUGAGGACAUGGAGGAUAAUCAGACCGCGAGGGUAUCUGUUGCUCUUCUGUCCAUGAUCCUGGGGUCUCUGAUGCUCUGGAACAUCAGCAGAGACCAGUCGAGCCACAGAGUCUUCAGGAUGGAGGAGGGGCUCCAGGAUCACAUGUCACCAGUUAACAGCUCAUCUGCAGUUAUCCACAUGGGUGACAUCUGA